GUCGCGCGGUCACGUGAUCAGUGUCACCGCCUCUCGUGUCCUCUGGUCCCACAGUCCUGCGGUCUGAGGACUCCGUGUUUGAGGACUGUCAGUGCUCUGCUCGGUUCAUGCACCAUGGCGUUCGUCACUCAGUUUUGCAGAGGUUUUUCCACGUCGUGCGUCAGAAAUGUGGUGAUAAAACACGUAACGAUCAUCGGAGGAGGGCAGAUGGGCGCAGGGAUUGCACAGGUAGCUGCAUCCACUGGCCACACGGUGACGCUGGUGGACACAUCUGAAGACAUCCUCAAGAAGUCUGUCAAAGGAAUUGAAGGGAGCCUUAAAAGAGUGGUGAAAAAGAAGUAUGCAGACAAGCCAGAGGCGGGUGAAGAGUUUAUCCAAAAAGUCUUGAAAAAUAUAACCACCUCGUCGGACGCAAAAGCCGCAGUCCAGAGCACAGAUCUGGUUUUGGAAGCCAUCGUGGAAAAUCUGAAAAUCAAACAGGAUCUCUUCAGUGCUCUUGAUAAGGUCGCACCUGCACACACGCUCUUUGCCAGUAACACCUCCUCCCUGCCCAUCACGGACAUCGCCAGCUCGACAGCCAGACUCGAUCGGUUUGGGGGUCUUCACUUUUUCAAUCCAGUUCCGAUGAUGAAACUUGUGGAGGUUAUUGGAACAUCUUCAACAAGUCAGGAGACAUUUGAUUCUCUCUUGAACUUCAGCAAAGCUCUGGGGAAAACACCAGUGUCUUGCAAAGACACACCUGGCUUCAUCGUGAACCGUCUUCUAGUUCCUUACAUGAUGGAGGCCAUUCGGCUGCAUGAAAGAGGCCAUGGAUCCAAAGAGGACAUUGACAUCGCCAUGAAACUCGGUGCUGGUUAUCCGAUGGGACCGUUUGAGCUUCUGGACUACGUUGGACUGGACACUGCAAAGUUCAUCAUGGACGGCUGGAGCGCUAUGGACCCCGGAAACCCACUAUUUGCACCGAGCGAGCUGCUCGACAAACUGGUCGCUGAUGGGAAAUAUGGCAAAAAGACCGGAGAAGGAUUUUACAAGUACAAGUAAUUUACAUGUAACUGGGAAAAUGAAAUGACACCACUGUUCUCAUGAUUUAAUCACUUGACAAAAAGCUGUAGUAGGACACUAAAGUCUAUGGCAGGACGAACCAUGUGCCUUCUUCAAUGUUGAAAACGUCUUGCAGUUGUCUGAAUCAUGAAUAUUGUAUGUAUGAUAACAAUAAUAAUAACAUAAUUUUUCAAAGA